CAGGUUGUGAAUAUUUUGUUUUCCAGCCAGCUCUGGGCUCUUCUCAGCAGCUCCACAAGGAUGGCCACGGACUGGCUGGGCAGCAUUGUGUCCAUAAACUGUGGGGAGAGUCUGGGGGUUUACCAGGGCAGAGUUUCUGCUGUGGAUCAGGUCAGCCAGACCAUCUCCCUCACACGGCCCUUCCACAACGGUGUCAAAUGCCUCGUGCCAGAGGUCACCUUCAGGGCAGGUGACAUCACUGAGCUGAAGAUCCUGGAGAUCCCAGGGCCGGGGGACAGCAGACAAUGCGGGGACUCGCAGCAGAUGGACACGGCCAUGCCAGGCGUGGGCUGCCAGGUGGGGCCCAGCCAGAACGGCACUGGCAAGGUGCUGAAGAAGCCCAUGUCCAGCAGUGCCCCUCAGAACAUCCCCAGGAGGCCAGACAUGAAGAGCCAGGAGCUGCUCAUCUCCCCACAGCAGCAGUGCUCCAAGAGCUACAUGGAUCGACACAUGGAAACGCUGAGCCAGUCCAAAGGCUUCCGGCGGAGACACAACUCCUGUGAGUCUGCGGCUCUCUUGCCCCAACUUCUCCCCUUUUUCACCAAACUUUGCUGGAAGCUGACCCACCUCUGGGUUGUUUUGAAACAGAAUAUAUUUCUGACCCCACCUGGAAGUAGUCAGGUGGGGGAUGUCUGCAGCCGCCACCCCAACCAGGUGACCCCGAAGAAGAGCGGCCUGAAGAACGGGCAGAUGAAGAGCAAGGACGACGAGUGCUUCGGGGACGACAUCGACGAGAUCCCCGACACGGAUUUCGACUUCGAGGGCAACCUGGCGCUGUUCGACAAGGCGGCCGUGUUCGAGGAGAUCGCCACGCACGAGAGGAGGAGCGGCACGCGCUCCCGCGGCGCGCCCGGCGACAGGCCCGCCCGCUACCGCCACGACGAGAACAUCCUGGAGGCGCAGCCCAUCGUCUACAGGAGGAUCGUGGUGCCCCACAGCCCCCACAAGGAGUUCUGCACGGACUCGGGGCUGGUGGUGCCCAGCGUGUCCUACGAGCUGCACAAGAAGCUGCUGGCCGUGGCCGAGAAGCACGGGCUGAGCCUGGAGAGGAGGCUGGAGAUGACAGGGGUGUGUGCCAGCCAGAUGGCCCUCAGCCUCCUGGGGGGGCCCAACAGACUGAACCCCAAGAACGUGCACCAGCGGCCCACGGUGGCGCUGCUGUGCGGCCCCCACGUGAAGGGGGCUCAGGGCAUCAGCUGCGGCCGCCACCUCUCCAACCACGACGUGCACGUCAUCCUCUUCCUCCCCAACUUCGUCAAGAUGCUGGAGUCCAUCACCAACGAGCUCAACCUCUUCAGCAAGACACAGGGCCAGCAGGUGUCCAGUGUCAAAGACCUCCCAGACACCCCGGUUGACUUAGUGAUCAACUGCCUGGAUUGCCACGAGAAUGCCUUUCUGAGAGACCAGCCUUGGUACAGAGCAGUGGUGGACUGGGCCAACCAGAACCGAGCCCCCGUGCUGAGCAUAGACCCGCCCAUGAGCGAGGCGGAGCUGGCCAUCGACGCCAAGUGGUCGCUGGCGCUGGGGCUGCCGCUGCCGCUGGGCGAGCGCGCCGGCCGCGUCUACCUCUGUGACAUUGGCAUCCCCCAGAAGGUCUUUCAGGAGGUGGGCAUCAACUACCACUCACCCUUUGGCUGCAAAUUUGUCAUCCCCCUGCACUCUACUUAGAGCUCACCCCCCCCUGGUUCUGAGAGGAGGGAGGAGCUCUGUGAAAACGACCAAGAUGGAUCCUCCUC